UUUGGCAGGUAGAAUAAUCAGUAACUCUUCAGGCCAGACUUAGGCGGUCUCCUUUGGGACACUAACACGUCAGCUCCUUGUGGGUCCCCCCUAUGAACACAUGACAGGCAAGGAACACGGGCAAACCAUGAAAAAGAUAUACAUUGGCAAAACCACCUUAAAAGUCCCCCGAAAUGGCGGCAAACAUCUGAAAAAGAGCUCAUUGCUGGAGCAGAAGGAAGACCUGCGGAAGCGACUCUCCUACACCACGCACAAGCUGGAGCUGCUGCAGAAUGAGUUUGACGCCACGCGUCAGUACCUGGAGACUGAGCUGCGGCGAGCUCAGGAAGAGCUGGACAAGUUCACCGAUAAACUGCGUCGGAUCCAAAGCAGCUAUUCUGCCCUGCAAAGGAUCAACCAAGAUCUGGAAGAGAAGAUUCACAGAGAUUCUCAGCAUCACGACGACGAGAAGCGAGCGCUGAGCCGAGAGAUCAUUGUGCUCAACAACCACCUGAUGGAGGCCAAGCUCACCAUCAACAAGCUUCACGGGGACAAUGAUGUCUACAGGAAGGAUUGUAACUUGGCUGCUCAGCUUCUGCAAUGCAACAAGUCCCUUUACAGGGCCCAGCUCUCUGAGCUCCCGACUGACUUUCAGGAGCGACUGACCAUGCACAUGGAAGAGACUCCGCUCUGCCGCACGUACUCGGAUUCCAUGUCGGCCUCGCUCAUCGGGCAGGUGCUGGAGAAGCCCAACGAGUUGUGCAGCAGCAGCCAAGCCUCGCGCUCAGCUAGCCCUCGCACUCCGAACCACGCUUUCGUCCUGGAGCCGUUGGGCCAAGGGGAGCGGCUCGGUUUGCGUGGGGCCUACAAGUCCGACCUGUACAGCAGCGACACCGCCCUUUACUGCCCCGACGACCGGCACCGGGAGCGCAGGCCCAGCAUGGACCUUCACGGUCAGAGAAAGCUCCUCUUUGAAUCGCAGAAUUCCACUGACAGCAACCCAGAGGAGUGCUCAGUGGGCUUGGGAGCUGCUUUCACCCAGGAGCACUUUGCUGAGUUCCCCCCCUUGGGGGCGGGCUCUAGUUCCUACUCCAGCUUCAGCGGAGGGGGCUCGGAAGACAAAGCCAACGGCCCGCUGAGCAGUGCCGCUUCCUCGCCGCGCCAUCGCACCCUCUACAUGGACUGGAGGGAUGCCGGGGACUACGAGACGAAGAGUGACUCCUCCUGGGAGAGGGAUAGUCCCGGAGGGUUCGGUAAUAAUCAUCCCUUCCAGCAGACGGAGAUGAUCCACCAGCAGAACAGCAGCUCGCCCGUGUACAGCCGCACCAUGUCCUCCUGUUUCAGCGAGCCCUACGAGCCCCUUCCUCCAUCGUCCUCCCCGAGCGUCGCCUACGGAGACAGCCGCCGAGGAAGCACCCUGGCCCCCGAGGAGGAGGAGCUGAUCGGAAGAUGGCGGCAGCUCAGCGCCGAAGACUUGAGCUCGCACUCCUACCGCAGUCCCGGUCGGGCUUCCCCGUACAGCUUCUCCGAGCAGCACUUCUCUGUGAGGCCGGCCAAGAUCCGCCUAGGCCCGCUCUACAGCAGCUUCCAGGAAGGCGCCGACUACUACCACCAGCAGGGAGCAGGCAGCGUGCAUGAUCCAAUGUGGGUUGCCGCCAGUCCCGAGUGCAGCCCCGUGCUCCGCCAGGCUCACAGCCAAGCACACCUGUAUGAGGACAGCAAAGGCUCCGAGCACAGCCUCUACCACUCGGGCGACUCCAAAGACCUGGAGGGCAACGAGGCAUCCGGAGGUCAAAGUGCGGAUUACGGGGACCAAAGCCCCAACAGCUCCACCGAAUCCCUCCACCGCCGUUCCUUGGAGAUGACGGCGGACCUUCAGCACUACCAAGUGGAGAUGCACAAUCUGUCUGCCCAGGUGAGCCUGUCGUCGCCACCACCUGCCCCACCACCUCCGCAGCUGUACCACCAAAAAGUCGGCUCUCUGGGACUUUCCCGCAAAGACAGCCUGAACAAGGCGCAGUUGUACGGAACGCUCCUCAACUGAAGAACAUUGCACAAAAGGGAAUAGAAGCCACAGAAGUGUAUGUGUUGACCGGUGAGGACAGGAAAGUGAUACAUUUGUAAGAACGUGUGCAGCGGUACCUUGACUUACAAGAGUUUAUGGAGCUUAAUUUUCACAAAUUUCAAUUGUAGCACGUCAAGCGCGGUAGAAAGGAGAGAGAGAGGCACCAAUGCACUUUCAGUCGUUUAUUAUUGAACAGGACAAAUAGUCCAAGUUAAAAAUCUCACAAGGAGCAUGGAGGAGACUUGACUAACUGCUACGUACUUAGCCACCCCAACUUAAGUCAAAGCUCUUGACGUCACUGACUAGGCCACACUUCAUAAAAUCAACUUACUUUACAUUCGCUUAUGUUUUUUUUUUUUUAUAUUUUACACUACAGUACUAUUUUUCGUCAUUAAAAACACACAAAAAUCUAGUUUUGCCGGAUGGUGACAGAAUUGUUCAAACACUUGUAAAUCAAGGUAUCACGUAUGUAUUUAUUCUCUAAUUCUAAGUGGGAAAUAGAUAUUUUUUGUAUGUAGCUAAUCAAAUGACAAAUCUUACUAACCUGGAACUUGUACAUUUAAAAAACGGCAAAUAAUAUAUUGGGGGGGAAAGCACACACCCUUAACUUGAUGACUGUAUAAACAACACUGGUCUUAUGCGGCUAAUUAAAAGCAAAUUGGGUUUGUUCUUUUGAUUGAAUUUGACAGUAUUGAUUGUUGUUUUAUAUUGUUCUCGCUGGAAUGUUUUGACAUGUGAAUAUCUGUCGGCAG